UCCGCUUCCGCGUGGAGCGGCAGGAAGCUUUCGGACGGCGAGGAGCAUGGACGAGGCAGCAGAUUGGCUCGUGGACUCUCUCCGCAUGUAUCACGAUCUCCAUGCAUUUGAGUUGCAAGGCCCUACCAGAGUCCUGGAGUGGACCGAUAGCCAAGGAGUUUAUGUUGCGGGCUAUGAAAGUCAGAAAAAAAAUGAAGUUCUGCAUCUUCUUUUACCUCCCAAACUUUCUGCUGAAAACCAGAGCUUAUGCCCAGAAAGAGAUUUCAGAGUGAAACAUGGGGGAUUUUCAGACAAGCCUGUCUACAACCUGAAGCAUGUGCCAGAGACCAGGUUGCUGGUCACUACAGGCCCACCCGGCAAUUCUCUACAGGUAUGGCAAGUUGCAGAAGAUAGCGAUAUGAUUAAAGCUGUAAGUACCAUUGCUAUACAUGAGGCAAAAUCCUGGCCUAGGAUUGCAGUCCUCAACUCCAAGGUCCCCAAAGUCCUUCAUGGGACCAGGGUCAAUGAUCUGCAUGUUACCGAGCUGGAGUCCCAGAACACACUCUACAUGUCAGGUGAGAGUGACAGUGAAGAAGAGAUAAGCAGUCUGCAGGUGUUGGAUGCAGAUACCUUUGUCUUCUGUUGUGCUUCAGGACGACUGGGGCUUGUGGACAUUCGCCAGAAGCGGGGUGAUUCAGGGAGGACUACCUCGAGCCCUGGACCUGGUGGGGAGUUGUGGUGUGCUGCAGUUCGAACCAGUGGGCUAGGGUCAGGCCCCACCAUUGCCAGUUUGUCUUCAAAUGGACAGCUUCAACUCACAGACUUAAGGGACCUUGACCAUCCAGUGACAACAGUUCAGUGUCGGGUUUCUAUGCCCAGUCCAGACUGGGAGUUGCUGAGGGUAACCUGGGCUCCUUCUCUAGAUGGCUGCUUAGCCAUUUCAGGUUUUGAUGGGACUGUCCAGAUCUAUGAUACCAUGUCCUGGAAGAAAAAUGGGAGCCAUGUAGAACCACUCUUUAUCCAUAAAGGACAUCUUUUCAUGGAUGGGACUGAGAAUAAUAUGCAUUCAAUGGUCACCACACAUUCUUGGCACCCCAACAAACCAAGGACAUUGUUGUCUGCAGCAGUUGAUGCAUCUUUGCAUGUGUGGGAUUGGAUAGAUCCUUGUAACUCCUGUUGAUCCCAUUCAAAGGAAGGAACAGGCCCAAACAUUCCCAGGUUUCUAUGUUGUAGAGAAUGAAACCGAAGACUUGUAAAUCUUACUCUGCAUGUAAAGGGCAAGUAUUCUAAGACCUUUUUGGCUGCUAUAUGGGCAUUGGUUUAUUUUUUCUUAAAAUUAAGGUAGGAUAGUGUUUUACAUGGCACUGCUAGGAAAUUAGAGGUUCAAAAACCUCUGUCUAUCCCUGACUUUUGGCCUUAUAGGAUUAGUAGCAUGCCGUAGCAAGUAUACAGUAACUGAAUGUAAAUCCUUGUACUUUUAUGGUCUGCCAUAGUAGUAUUAUGAUAUGUUAGUGCAUCUGGAAGAGGAAUAUUCUCAUCCAGCUUUCAGGUGUCACCAUUCCUCUCUUCCCAAGCCUCUGGUAGGGUACCACCCCACAACACCCUUUCUUCACCAUAUACCCUUCCUCUGGCUUGCAAGGAUUCCCCAGUCUAGGUCAGGCACUUAUCAUUUUGCCCCUCUAUGAUCUGCUUGGAUGGUGCUACGAUAAGUUGCUUUUGUCACAUUACUUUGGUUACUUUGAAAGCUCUGGUAUUUCAUUAGUAUGGGUCGUCCUGCUACUGAUCACACCUCUCUUGGCCUUUUAUUCUUGUAAUUAUUGUAUAAUUCUUGUCCCUGUUUUUCUUAAUGUGUCCCACAAAGUAUCUGACAUGUUGAAGGCCUUCCUUUUUCUAUUUCAGGGAUGACUAUUGUACCAUUUGGCAUUAUUCAUUUAUUUCUUAGUUUCUGUGUUAUAAUUAUUUAUGACAGGCCAUUUUUAGUAUACAAAUAAUUGUUAGUAAGUAACUGAAGUUGAUACCUACGUUGUAUCUUUCUGUUUAUCUAGGUGUAAUUAUUCUGAGUUUUUUUUUUUUUUUUAGUUUGCAAAGUUCCUAUUCCCAUGGACUUCAGAAGUUUUUCUGUAUGAAACAAAUUUCAUUUUGGAAUUGUUAAAGUGUUUGUGAAUUUACUAGUAGUCCUGAAAGAUUUUUUGACCAAUUCCAAUUGUUUAAUUCCCAAACCUUUAAACUUGGGAAUCUGUAUUUAUUUUAUUCUAAGCUUUCCUUCAUCUUUUUUUUUUUUUUUUUUGGUUUAAAUGAUUCCUAAUCGAAAUAAUCUCUAAGGAGAAUCAACCCUCCCAAAAAAAAUUCCAAGGAAAAAACUUUUAUUUUUUUAAUAACUUUUUAUUGACAAAACCCAUGCCAGGGUAAUUUUUUACAACAUUAUCCCUUGUACUCAUUUCUGUUCCGAUUUUUCCCCUCCCUCCCUCCACCCCUUCCCCCAGAUGGCAAGCAGUCCUAUAUAUGUUAGAUAUGUCGCAGUAUAUCCUAGAUACAAUCUAUAUGUGCAGAACCAAACAGUUCUCUUGUUGCACAGGGAGAAUUGGGUUCAGAAGGUAGAAAUAACCUGGGAAGAAAAACAAAAAUGCAAACAGUUUACAUUCAUUUCCCAGUGUUCUUUCUUUGGGUGUAGCUGCUUCUGUCCAUCAUUAAUCAGUUGGAACUGAAUUAGAUCUCUUUGUCAAAGAAAUCUACUUCCAUCAGAAUACAUCCUUAUUCAAUAUCGUUGUCAAAGUGUAUAAUGAUCUCCUGGUUCUGCUCAUUUCACUUAGCAUCAGUUCAUGUAAGUCUCUCCAAGCCUCUCUCUAUUCAUCCUGCUGGUCAUUAAGGAAAAAACUUUUAGGGAAAUAAUGGCACACUGGUGACAGUUCUAAUAACUCGCAAAUCUCUUACAAUUCACCAUGAAUGCAUCAAACAUAAUUGUUUGCCAGAGGGAAAAAAUUACUCUAUGGAUUGGAUUUUCCUCUUCCUUUUGGCCAUUGCUUUUUGAAUACAUAUACAUAUGUAAUUAAAAUUUUUUUUGGCUUUUUUUUUUUUGGAGAGGCAAUUGGAAUUAAGUGACUUGCCCAGGGUCACACAGUGACACAAGUGUCUAAGAUCAUAUUUGAACUUGGGUUCUUCUGACUCUACGGCUGGUGCUUUGUCUACUACUCCAUCUAGCUGGCUCUUGGCUAUUCCUUUUAUUUCAAUUUUUUUUUAACUUUAUCUACAAAAUUUCCUAUUUGAUUCUUUUUCCUAAUAGAUCACAGCUUAAGGUUUCUAUGUUUAGACACUCAAAAAUAUUUUUUGAUUGGAUCUCUUCUUUUCUGUCUGUGGUCCUCAACAUGAAUGGUGAAGGUUACCUCUAGUAUUCUAACCUCUCUGAGAGAUAGUGGUCCCUCUUUAUUUAUUUAUUGGGUUUUUUGUUUGUGUGUUUGUUGUUGUGUGGUUUUUUUGGUCUGUGUCUUCUUUUACAAUAGACUAAUAGGGAAACAGGUUUUGCAUGAUUGCACAUAUAUAACCUAUAUAAAACUGCUUAUCAUGGUGGGGUGGGGAGGGUUGGGUAAAGAGAGAGGGAGAAUAUUUGGACUCAGAAUUUUUUUAAAUGAAUGUUAAAAACUGUCUUUACAUAUAAUUGGGAAAAAAAUUUUAAAGGAAAUAUUAACCCCUUUGUUUUAGAUAGAGGGUAGUUACCCUCUUUAGAAGUGUUCCUUCUUUAAAAAAAAAAAAAUAAUAAGAAGAAGAAGUGUUCCUUCUUGUGUUUGUACUUAUCCUGAUUUGAAAAGAUACUUCAAGGGUGUGCUGAAUACUUUUUUCUCUUGGAUUAGUAGGCAUAUCUCCUCAUUUCUUCAGUUGUAUUUGGGAAAUGUGAUUUCCUUUCCUUUCUAGGAAUGGUAGCAUAACUCUAUCCACUCAGUGGAUAAAACACUGGAUGUAUUAUGUACAAAUUGUACCUCAUAUAUACAGUAAUCUCGUUUCUAAAAUACUAGGAUUGGACUAAGUGGUUUCCAAGGACCCUUCCAAUUCUAAAUCUAUUAUCCUUUGUUCCCUUCUUUUCUCCAUGUAUUGUUUGACCUUAUUUGGCACAUUUUUUAGAUGAUAAGGAGAGCUGGGCAUAGUUUGCCAUUUUGCUAGAAUCAUCUCAUUUCUGCUACCACUUCCCAAAGACAAAAGAAGCAUUGUGAUGUGAUAAUCAGGACCUUGAAGGCAAAUUAUAGUUAGGUUCAGUGUCUAAUUCUACCACUUCGCUAUAUGGUCUUGAACUUUUUUUCCUCUCAUCUGUGAAAUGAAGCAUAUAUAGUAAUGAUCAUAUACCUUCAUUUAAUAGCACUUGCAAUGUCAAAAAAUAGGUUUUUAUUAAUACUAUUAUUCUAUUACCCAAGUUUGCUACCUCCCCAAUUUUAGAUAGCCACUCUUUGUAACAAAUAAUUUUUAAAAGAAAAAGGAAAAAAAUCAACCAAGUCUAAUAAACACUGAAAAAAAUCUUGUGUUAUAUGAUGAGAGAAAGGACUGUUAAUAAUGAUUAUUUUGGGGAGAUUCAGAAUUCUACCCCUUUUUCAAAAUCUUGAUUUUAACUUCAGUCUUUUGAAGGACAUUAGUGAUAAUAACAUUGAAUUAAUUCUCCCCAAUCUUGAUCUGACCCCUUCCCCCUCUCAAUUUUAAAAGGAAUGUAAUCUAAAGUGAGGAAAUCCAUUGUAUUGUACUCAAAACUUGGGAGGAGAUAAAUCCUUUUGUCUAGUUUUCCCAAGGCAGAGGAUGGUCUAUCCAAGGAUGGCAUAACAUUUAUUCUCAAUCUCUCAUUGAGCACCUAUUCUUCAAAGGGCAUAUAAACUGUGAGCCUGCUGCCAUAGUUGACUUUAUUCAAAGAGAAGCCAAAUGACAUUUCUUUUAUUAUUAACCCUGCUGGCAUUAAUAAAAUGAUUAAAUUAACCAGAAAUUAUGUCUCUAGAACUUUUAAAAUCAUCACAGUGUAAUAUUCCAUACCUGUGGACCUUGGCUUCUGAAAAAGAAUUGGGGAAAGUAUUUAAAUCUCUUUGGAGACAAGUCUCUUGUUUAUAUUUCUGCAAUAUUUAGUUUUAACUGUUUUGUAGCUAUUCUUUCCAUUUAUACUGUUGCAGUCAUUGCAAUUCAUGUAAAUUUUUCCAUGCUUUUCUGUAUUCUAAAUGCUAACUAAUUUUUAACAUAACAGUACUCCAUAACAUUCAUAUACUAAAGUUUGGCUGGCCAGUGGACAUCAUUUUCAAAAUGCUAACUAAUUUUUAACAUAACAGUACUCCAUAACAUUCAUGUACUAAAGUUUGGCUGGCCAGUGGACAUCGUUUUCAAAUAGUUGUUACCACAAAAAAUCUUGCUAAAAAUGUUUGGGUAUGUAUAAAGCCUUUUUAAAAAAUGGUGGUGACUUCACUGGCAUAUAUUGCCCAGAAGUGGAAACUCUGGGUUUGAUGGUUUGGACAUGUUGGUCACUUUAUUUGAAUAAUUCCAAAUUAUUUCUCAGAAUAAUCACUUCAGUUCACAGCUUCAUGUCUUUGCCAGUGAUGAAUGCAUUUGUUGCUUUACUUUCCACAAUCCUUCCAACUUUGACUAUUCUCUUCUUUUGUUAUUUUUGUCAGUUUGUUGGGCAUGAAGUCUCAAGCUCAGAUUUCUCUUAACACGAAUGACGUGGAACAUCUUUUCAUGUGCUUGUUCAUAGUUUGCUAUAGUUCUUUUGGGAACUGUUUUUUAAAUUAUUGUUAUUAGUGAGCUAUUGUGAAUGUCUUCGGUUGUCUGUAUAUAUCUUGUUCAUGAAAAUCUUAUUGAAGAUAAAUUUUUUUUCAAUUUUGCAAAAUCAGAAUUAGCUCUUUUGUCUUUUGUAAUUGACAAUCUUUUUUGAUUGGGAAUCCAUCCUAAAUCCAUAGCUAUAAGAAGCA